AUGGUUCUAUAUUCAAUGGAAAAGUACCAACACAGCAUAGUGCUAGUAGCAAUUUGCCUGUUAUGUCAUGACACCAUUUUGAUGGUUAAUUCAUUCAACUUGACUCGGAUUGGAGAAACGAUCGGUCAAUUAGCCGAUCAAUGGGCUAAUAUUGGUAAAGUCGUUGACCAAGUAUUGCCUUGCCAAUUUACUUGCCCACAUGGUCAAAAACUAGUCAGAAGAGACGGUGCUAGACCCAUGCCAAACGGUUGCGGCACCGAUAAAUUUCCGGUUGAUAUAUCGUUCAUCCCAGGAGCUACUAGUUGUUGUGAUCGUCACGAUAUUUGCUAUUCUAGUUGUGGCGUAAAGAAGAGGAAGUGUGAUGAUGAAUUCUUCAAUUGCUUAAGCAAAAUUUGUGAUAUCAAUUACAAACAUGAGAAAGAAGCGCCAAUGAAAAGUCAUUGCAAACAAUUUAGUCAAAUAAUACAUUCUACUACCCUUUCACUGGGUUGUGCACCCUUUAUAGAAGCUCAAAAGCAAGCAUGUCACUGUAUAGCCAUAAAUCGAAAUCAGGACGAGUUAUAA